UGCUGUCUCUAAGCUCCUGCACCCUGGCAGGUGCUACAGGGACACCGCGCUUGCUCUACGGCUCAGCCCAGGCUAGGCCUCUCCAUCCUGCUCACCCAGCCCUUGAGAGGAAAACGAAAACUAUUUGCCGUGAGGCCUUGGGCCAGUGGUUGGAUUUCAGGCACCAGCCGGCAAAUAGAAAAGGCAGGGAUGUGCCUCUCUGAACCUCUGAGAUGGGACGAGCAGGGUGCUGCGUACCCCACCUGUAGGUAGGAUGUCCCUUGGGAAGGCGGGGACGGUAGAGAGAGCUUCUCACGGAGCCUGGGAGAGAAUCCAGGACCCUGAUGGCUGGUCAAUCCACGGACUCUCUGUGGGAGUGUGUGAACCUUCCUGGUGUUCAAAACCAGGUGCAGGGGAGCCCCAGUUCCCCAAGAGUCUGUGGCUGGUCUCUCUUGGGGUGUGUGGCAAAAGCCCUAAGCAGACACCCCCCUGCCGAAGGAGAAUUCGGCUCUUGUUCUUCACUCUACUGCUGUUUGGUUUUGUGUCCACAGAAAAUGGGCUUAUCUUUGCGGAGGGCAGUUUCUUCAUCUGGAAAAUAAAGAAAAAGCCAGCCUUUCCCUUCCGAGGGGAGUUGUCCCCUAUACGUGUCAGGGGAGCAAUGGGGCGCGUUUGGAAUCCUGGUCGACAGCAGCUCUCACUUUAAGAGGCCACAGGAGACGGGCGCAGACAGGGCUGUACCCUGAGCCCGCUUGUUCUGCAAGACCCAGCAGAGAUGCCAUCUUCUCCGGGAAGCCUUCCCGAGCCCCCUGGGGCUCAUGAAGGGAGACAAGCGUGAGGAGCCUGAGCCGGGCCCCGAACCUGCGGCCCCCCCGCCGCCCACGGAGGAGGAGGAGGCCCUGCUGGAGUUCCACCACUCCUACCGGGAGCUCUUCCAGUUCUUCUGCAACAACACGACCAUCCACGGCGCCAUCCGCCUGGUGUGCUCGCAGCACAACCGCAUGAAGACGGCCUUCUGGGCCGUGCUCUGGCUCUGCACCUUCGGCAUGAUGUACUGGCAGUUCGGCCUGCUCUUCGGAGAGUACUUCAGCUACCCCGUCAGCCUCAACAUCAACCUCAACUCGGAGAAGCUCGUCUUCCCCGCCGUCACCGUCUGCACCCUCAAUCCCUACAGGUACACGGAAAUUAAAGAGGAGCUGGAGGAGCUGGACCGCAUCACAGAGCAGACGCUCUUCGACCUGUACAAGUACAACUCCUCCAACACCCUCGUGGCCCACGCCCGCGGCCGCCGCGACCUGCGGGAGUCCCUGCCGCACCCCCUGCAGCGCCUGCCGGUCCCGGCUCCGCCCCACGCCGCCAGCAGAGUCCGCCGAUCCGGCUCCAGCCUGAGGGAUAAUAACCCGCAGGUGAACAGGAAGGACUGGAAGAUCGGCUUCCAACUGUGCAACCAGAACAAAUCGGACUGCUUCUACCAGACGUACUCAUCAGGGGUGGAUGCAGUGAGGGAGUGGUACCGCUUCCACUACAUCAACAUUCUGUCCAGACGGCAGGACACCUCUCCAUCGCUGGAGGAGGACGCGCUGGGCAAAUUCAUCUUCGCCUGCCGCUUCAACCAGGCCUCCUGCAAUGAGGCGAAUUACUCCCACUUCCACCACCCGAUGUACGGGAACUGCUACACUUUCAAUGACAAGAACAGCUCCAACCUCUGGAUGUCCUCCAUUUCUGGGGUCAACAACGGUCUGUCCCUGACGCUGCGUACGGAGCAGAAUGACUUCAUCCCGCUGCUGUCCACGGUGACCGGGGCCAGGGUGAUGGUACACGGGCAGGAUGAGCCCGCCUUUAUGGAUGAUGGAGGGUUUAACCUGCGGCCUGGUAUGGAGACCUCCAUCAGCAUGAGUAAGGAAGCCGUGGCAAGACUUGGGGGUGACUAUGGCGACUGCACCAAGAAUGGCAGCGAUGUCCCAGUGGAGAACCUUUACGGUACCAAGUACACGCAGCAGGUGUGUAUCCAUUCCUGCUUCCAGGUGAACAUGAUCAGGGAGUGUGGCUGUGCCUACAUCUUCUACCCGCCGCCCAGGGGUGUGGAGUUCUGUGACUACAGGAAGCAUAAUUCCUGGGGCUACUGCUACUAUAAGCUCCAGGACGCCUUCUCCUCAGACCGCCUGGGCUGUUUCACCAAGUGCCGGAAGCCAUGCAGUGUGACCACCUACAAGCUCUCUGCCGGUUACUCACGAUGGCCCUCGGUGACAUCCCAGGACUGGGUCUUCAAGAUGCUGUCCCGACAGAACAAUUACACCAUCAAGAACAAGAGAGAUGGGGUUGCCAAACUCAACAUCUUCUUCAAGGAGCUGAACUACAAAACCAACUCUGAGUCUCCCUCUGUCACGACAGUCACCCUCCUGUCGAACCUGGGCAGCCAGUGGAGCCUGUGGUUCGGCUCCUCCGUGCUGUCUGUGGUGGAGGUGGCCGAGCUCAUCUUUGACCUCCUGGCCAUCACAUUCCUCAUGCUGCUCCGGAGGUUCCAGAGUCAAUACUGGUCCCCAGGCCGAGGGCGCAGGGGUGCCCAGGAGGUGGCCUCCACUCCAGCCUCCUCCCUCCCCUCCCGUUUCUGCCCCCACCCCGCCUCCCCAUCCUCAUCCCCGCCGGGCCCUGCCACCUCCCUGGCCUUGUCAGCCCCUCCGCCUGCCUAUGCCACCCUGGGCCCCCGCCUGGCUCCAUCAGGCUCCACGGAGGCCAGCUCCUCUGCCCACACUCCGGGGGAGCCCUGAGAGGGAAGGACGGUGUCCCCUCCCCAAGGCAGGCACUUCCCUUGGUGGGAGGGGACCAACCUUGGCAGGAUUAGAGAAUGUUUGGGGCUGCCUCUCAGAGCUGCCCAGCUGCCUGUGCUGUGGGGCAGGGAAGCAGGCUGGAUAGGGGGCUGAGGAAAUUGUCUGGAGAACCACGGCCAGCAUGACCUUGGUUCCUGCCCUCUACCCGCUGGUCCUGCCUCAAGAACACUCUGGUUUCCCCACCCGAGUGCAGACAAGUCCUCUUUUCCCUUGGAUCAGCCAAGCCAAACUUGGAUCUUUGACAAAGAACUUUCCUAGGAAACAACUGACAACCAGAACAAAACACAAACAAGGGCACACAAAGGCAUGCAUGGUUUCCUCCUCAAAGAUGACUGGAUUCAGCCCUAGAAUGGCCCUCCACGCUGCUUUCCAGGGACACAGACAUUUGCUCCUCUUCUUGAACUUGGGUGGGGAACCCCACCCAAAAGCCCCCUUGGUUAGUUGCUAGGCAAUUCCCUUUCCCUGACUCCCAGGGCAGGGGCUGGAACAGCCCAGUGUAGUAAAGACUUGGCCAUUCCCAGUCGGGAGUCCCAGGACUCUUCCAGCCUCACGACCCCAUGCCCCCACGGAGCUACACCCCAGCGCCUCUGCCCUGCAUCCCUGUCCUUUGGAACUCUGUGGAUUUGCUCAAGCUAUUUCCUCAGCCUGGAAGCUUCUCCCACCAUCUGCUGGAGAACUCCUAUGCAUCCUUUAGACUCCUGCUCAGAUACCAUUACUUCUGUGCAGGCUUCUGCCCCAUCUUGUCUUGCCCAGACGUGACCACUUCCCUAUCCUGUGGACUCCCAUAGCACACCAUAACAUCCACAGAAGUGCAGAUGCUGCAUUUUACUUUCCUGUUCACUUGUGUCUGCGUCCCCAGCUAGACUGAGCUC